AAAUCCUGUUCCGCUUCCUGUCGCUGGGGGGCGCUGUGGUGCGCUCCGUCGGUAAACAGUAAAAGCGAAUGAAGCUCCGACUCACAUGUGAAUCGUUCGCCGGUGUUGAUGCCCGGACCAGUGCUUCUACUGUCAGCCUCCUGUCCGUGUCUUCUGUGGCUUUUUGCCGUGAUUGGCUCGCACACCGGCCCCUGAAUGCAACACAGGGAGGAGUGACAUUAUUAACAGUGCACACGCAGACACACACACACACACACACGGCCACCCUGAAAGAUGUCUGGGACAGCGACCACGUCUGCGACCGCGCAGUCCGCCAAAAUGAAAAAGGACGAAUCUUUCCUGGGGAAAUUAGGAGGUACCCUGGUGCGGAAGAAGAAGUCUAAAGAAGUGAGUGAUCUCCAUGAAGAGGGGAAGAAGGCCAUCAAUGCUCCCAUGCUUCCCACCGGGACAGACAUCCAUCCCGAGGACACACUGCUGGAGGAAAACGCUGAGAGGAUCAUGUUGGACCCAACAUCGCGGGAGAAUCUUAAAUUUAAAGAUCUGCUGAAGGUCCUGAUCGACUGGAUCAACAGUGAGUUGGAAGAAGACAGGAUCAUAGUCAAAGACCUGGAGGAGGACUGUUACGAUGGACAAGUGCUCCAGAAGUUAUUCGAGAAGUUGUCGGGCAGGAAGCUGAACGUGGCCGAGGUGACCCAAUCUGAGAUCGGCCAGAAGCAAAAGCUUCAGACGGUGUUGGAGGCGGUUAACGAAAUGCUGAGGCCUCACGGCUGGACUAUCGAGUGGAGUGUAGACUCGAUCCAUUCAAAGAACCUGGUGGCUAUUGUCUAUCUGCUGGUGGCUCUCGCUAUGCACUUCCAGGCCCCCAUCAGACUGCCUGAGCAUGUCUCUGUACAGGUGGUGGUGGUCAAGAAACGAGAGGGCAUCCUGCAGACUGCUCUAGUGACCAAAGAGCUGACGAGCACCACAGAAAUGAUGAUGGGAAGAUUUGAGAGGGACGCAUUUGACACUUUGAUGGAUCAUGCACCUGAUAAGCUCAACGUGGUAAAAACGUCGCUCAUCACCUUUGUGAACAAACACCUGAACAAGCUGAACCUGGAAGUUACUGAGCUGGAAUCUCAGUUUGCUGAUGGAGUGUACCUCAUAUUGCUGAUGGGGUUGCUGGAAGACUACUUUGUCCCUCUGUACAACUUCUUCCUCACCCCUGAGAGCUUUGAACAGAAGGUCCACAAUGUGGCGUUUGCCUUUGAGUUGAUGCAGGACGGAGGCCUGAAGAAACCCAAGGCCAGACCAGAAGAUGUUGUCAACCUGAACCUCAAGUCCACCCUCAGAGUUCUCUACAACCUGUUCACCAACUACAAAAACACUGAGUGAACUUUUCCAGUUCAGUCAGUGUUCACUCAGCUGAUAUUACUCUGAAUCCUGUGCCUCUGCUGAUAUGCAUUUCAUUCUGGACACUGUAGGAGACCAACUGGGACUGAAAGUCAUUAUGCGGGACUUAAAAAGAGCCAGGGGGAGUAGCCUGAAAAAGGCUCUGAAUGUUAGUGUUUAAUCUUCCCCAAAUGUCAGUAUAUUUAUUUAUUAUUUCCUCGAAUGUUGCAACCCAGGAAACCCUUCAACCUUCAUCCCUGCAUUUGAAUACACAGCCAUCACAGGAAAAAUGUGGUGAAUGGUAAUACUGGAAAACAUUAGUGUCAAACUCAGUCGCAUAUAUUCCUCCAGAUUAUUUAAGAAAGUUGAAAAUGCUGUUACAUAUUAUUAAGUAUCUAAAAGUGCUUUGUAUAGGUAUUAAAAGAAUAGUUUGACAUUUUUGGAAAUAUUCUUAUUCGCUUUCUUGCCAAGAGUUUGAUUGACACAGCCAGCAGUUGAUUCGCUUAUGGUCACAUCUAACAUUACACUACUAACAAAAUCUGCCUAACUUUAUAUCUAAAGCUCACUUAACACGUUGUAUCUUAUUUGUUUGAUCCACACAAAAACCAUACUAUAAAAACAUCAACUCCAUAUUAUCACUAAAACCUGUUCUUUCAGCUUGCUUGUUAAUUUUAACCCCUUUUUUUUUAGAAAAUUAAUUGUAUGUAUUAUUAUUUACAUAUAUCUUAUAGAAAUUACAUUUUACUACAUUAAAAAUAAGUGAUUUUUAGGUAUUUUAACCAUAUCAAAUUCCACGAGUGAGAGGCUGAGAUCACAGUUACUACUCCUCUGCUAAGCUAAUUAGCAUUAGCAGGAGUUUAGCUUAGUUAUGCGGAAUAGCAAACUGACUGACAUCAAAUAUCUACGUAGUGCAUUUCACUGCCGUAUAGGGCAUGCGGCAGUGCUAACCCUACCUAUAGUCUCUUAAGCUAAACAGUCGCUUCAUGUCUAAAGAAACAGUUCGACAUUUUUGGAAAUACACUUUGCAUUCUUGCUAGGAGUUAAAUGAGCCAGCAUCACGUUAGCUUAGCACAAAGACUGGAAAUGGGCAAACAGAUAAUGUAGCUCUGUUCAAAAGGGAAACUAAAUUCUCCUACCACCACAUUUGAGCUAACCAACUAUUAUAUCUUGUUUAUUUAAACUGCGCAAAAGCACUGUAAAAACAAUGCAUAGUGUUGUUAUGUUGGUUUGUUCAUGGGAAGCGUAUUUCUUGAAAUGUCUUAACUAUUCCUUAAAGAGUUUUGAACAUGUUGUGUGUUAUAUAUGACCUGUAUGUCAAAUUAGUGCCUGAAAAUGUUUUGGAUUUUCUUACUAUAUGGCUAGCUCUAGUUAUAUGCCAUAAUCACUUUUCUUAACAGCUGAAGGAACUGUGAACGGUUCUUGUUUACCCUGAACUGUGCACACCAUUUUUCAAGCCAUAUUUAAAAGCUGAUGCUGUUGCCUCCUGCCUUAAGUGCAGUGUGUUCUUGCCAUCCCAGGAAAGCCACAGCCAGACUAUCUUCAUACUGACUGGCCUCUCAGACAAGUCCCCGAGGGGGCCUGGACCCACGGAACCGCCUGGAGACCUGCUAAGAUGUACAGUGCAUGCGUUUUAGAGCCAGGCUGAAUAAUUGAGAGAGUGGAUGAGUCAAUCUAGACUGUGCUCGCACUGGAUGGCUCACCUCUGUGCAUUUUUUUUUUAUCUUGCCUAUCAAGAAAUAAAUGGCUGGAAUCAAA